AUGGUAGCUCCAUUGGUCACCGACGGCUGGUUAUUCUGCAGUCUACGAGCGUUAUCAAGACCGGUAAACUUCUGCAGAGAUCACUGGCGACACCGUAUUUGGACACCUCUGGAAUCUUCUCGUUCUGAGCGAUUGGCAGCACAACGUCCUCCUGAUCACACAGUCAGAUCUGCUUCAGACUUUACGAUGGAUCGCAUUGUGACGAGUGAUCAGCCUGCACACUUGCAAUUUACAUUGCACGCCACAAGUGCAUUGCUUUCUAACCUCAGAUCGUUGUGA